AUGCGCGCAGCCAGCCUUUAUAGCGGCCGCGGGAGCCGCGCGUUCCGCACUCGGGCGUCCGAAAGUCCCUCAGCACCAUGUCCGCACCGUGGACCGCAGCUCUUUGCCUCGGUGGGUGUCUGGGGGCUGCUGCUGCCGAAGCCCGCGGCCAGCCAAGGCGCCGUUCCCAUUGCGAUCACAUGCUUUACCAGAGGCCUGGACAUCAGGAAAGAGAAAGUAGAUGUCCUCUGCCCAGGGGGCUGCCCUCUGGAGGAAUUCUCUGUGUUUGGAAACAUAGUUUAUGCUUCUGUAUCCAGCAUAUGUGGGGCCGCUGUGCACAGGGGAGUGAUCGACAUCUCAGGAGGGCCUGUUCGAGUUUAUAGACUACCUGGUCGGGAAAAUUAUUCCUCAGUGGAUGCCAAUGGUGUCCAGUCUCAAACGCUUUCCAGAUGGUCUGCCUCCUUCACAGUGACUAAAGGCAAAAGUAAUACCCAGGAAGCCACGGGACGAUCAGUGUCCACAGCACAUCCACCAACAGGUAAACGACUAAAGAAAACACCAGAGAAGAAAAGUGGCAAUAAAGAAUGUAAAGCCGACAUUGCUUUUCUGAUCGAUGGCAGCUUUAACAUUGGGCAGCGCCGAUUUAAUUUACAGAAGAAUUUUGUUGGGAAAGUGGCUCUAAUGCUGGGAAUUGGAACAGAAGGACCACACGUGGGCCUUGUUCAAGCCAGUGAGCAUCCCAAAAUAGAAUUUUACUUGAAAAACUUUACGUCAGCCAAAGAUGUUUUGUUUGCCAUAAAGGAAGUAGGUUUCCGAGGAGGUAAUUCCAAUACAGGGAAAGCUCUGAAACAUACUGCCCAGAAAUUCUUCACAGCAGACACCGGGGUGAGAAAAGGGAUCCCCAAAGUGGUGGUGGUGUUUAUUGAUGGCUGGCCUUCUGAUGACAUCGAGGAAGCAGGCAUUGUGGCCAGAGAGUUUGGGGUCAAUGUAUUUAUAGUUUCUGUGGCCAAGCCAAUUCCUGAGGAACUGGGGAUGGUUCAGGAUGCUGCAUUUGUUGAUAAGGCUGUCUGUAGGAAUAAUGGCUUCUUCUCUUACCACAUCCCCAACUGGUUUGGUACCACAAAAUAUGUAAAGCCUCUAGUGCAGAAGCUGUGCACUCACGAGCAAAUGAUGUGCAGUAAGACCUGUUACAACUCUGUGAACAUCGCCUUCCUCAUCGACGGCUCCAGCAGUGUGGGAGACAACAAUUUCCGCCUCAUGCUGGACUUUGUUUCCAACAUAGCCAAGACUUUUGAAAUCUCAGACAUUGGGGCCAAGAUUGCUGCCGUACAGUUCACUUAUGAUCAGCGCACAGAGUUCAGUUUCACUGACUAUAGCACCAAAGAAAAUGUCCUAGCUGUCAUCGGAAACAUUCGCUAUAUGAGUGGAGGCACAGCCACUGGUGAUGCCAUUUCCUUCACUGUCAGAAAUGUGUUUGGUCCCGUGAGGGACAGCCCCAACAAGAACUUCCUAGUAAUCAUAACCGAUGGGCAGUCCUAUGACGACGUCCGAGGCCCCGCUGCGGCUGCACACGAUGCAGGUAUCACCAUCUUCUCUGUUGGUGUGGCUUGGGCACCUCUGGAUGACCUGAAAGAUAUGGCCUCCAAACCGAAGGAGUCUCAUGCUUUCUUCACAAGAGAGUUCACAGGACUAGAACCAAUUGUUUCUGAUGUCAUUAGAGGCAUUUGUAGAGAUUUCUUAGAAUCUCAGCAAUAAUGGUGAUAUUGUGACAACUGAAAAGAGUGCAAAGGAAUCUAAUGUAUAAAUGUAUCCUCACAAUACUGAAAUACUAUAUAGCAUACUAAUGGCAACAGCUAUAUAAGGCAAAUAAGUAUUCAUUUAGAGCUACUACCUUCUGAUUACAAUUUAGACUUCAAUUAUUCAAAACACUUGGUUGAGGCUUCAUAAUUAUGGCCCUUAGAAACUCAGGAAAGACAUGGAUUCAAAGUUUUGCCUAUUAGAUGUUUAGAUAUGCAAAACCAUAGAUCAAUAAAAGGAUCUGAUACUUAGAUCAAAAGCAA